CCACUAUCCAAUAGCUUUUUCUUGUCAAAUAAAAAACAAAUAAGAAAGAGCCUUCCUGACGUGGUUCAAUUCUAUAUAUCAUUUCCACACUAUUCCAGAUCAAGGCAAAAGGCUCUGUCUUUUUUUGAAUUCUCUCCCCAUCUUGAAUAAAAACCCAAUUCCUCUGUUUCUCUCUGACUUCUUCACCAACUGGGAUCUCACUCUCUCUCUCUCUCUAUGUUUCUCUGAAGUCUUCAGGAGCAAAACUCAAAGGCCCUUCUGGGUUUGAUUAAAUCAAAAGUAUCAAGUCGCAGAUUUGACCACAUUCGCAAAUGGCUUCUCCCUUGGUUCAGUCGAAUAAGAGUAUGAAAAGGUUGGAAUCAAAAAAGUCUCAUUCCUGGUGGUGGGACAGUCACAUCAGUCCCAAAAACUCUAAGUGGCUUGCAGAGAAUCUCGAGGAGAUGGACAGGUGCAUCAAGCGGAUGCUGAAGCUGGUUGAAGAAGAUGGGGAUUCAUUUGCAAAAAAGGCUGAAAUGUAUUAUCAAAAGAGGCCUGAAUUGAUUUCUCAUGUUGAAGAUUUUUAUCGCUUGUACCGGUCUCUAGCCGAACGUUAUGAUCAUGUGACAGGAGAGCUAAGGAAGAAUGUGACCUCAGAUCUCCAAUCCAUGAGCUCAUGCAUUUCUGACGGUGGUUCAGAACUGCCAUCUGCAUGGUCCUCUCCUGAUCUCCAAUCUCAGAGGCUGAGUCGUCGUAAAUCUGGCCCUCGUGCUGCUGGCUUUGAUUUCUUCCUUGGCCCCAGUGGAAACAGCUCGGAUAAUUACCAGAAAGAAGGGGAAGAAUCAUCUUCGUUAACAGAUUCUGAGCCAGAAUCUGAUGACGAUGAUUCUUCAGUCAACAAUUACUCAGGGGUGUUGUCAAAUGGAGGUGAUCAAGGGCAGCAGAAGAAGAUAAUUCAAUUGGAAAUCGAGCUUCGUGAAGCGAGGGAGAAGCUUCGGCUGCAGGAAGAGAAUGCAGAUAGUCCAUUGAGGGGGUCAAAAAAUGAGAAGUCCGAGGAAUUUUCUGCAAAAAUUGCAGAAUAUGCGCAAGAGCUGAUGAUUGCAAAUGAAAAAUUACAGGCCUCAGAGGAACAGAUUUCCAGGUUGAACAUUGAGCUCAAACGGUAUAAAUCAUCAGAAAAUGGCAAUGCCUUUGAGGCCGGUCUUGAAUCAUCGGAACAUAAAGAGGUCAAGAGGCAUGAGAGUGAGCCAGACAUGGAGGUAAAUGAAGCAUUUGAGACACCUAGGUCGGGAGAAGUUCAAGACCCUGAUAACAAGAUAGAGGCAUUGGUGGAAGAGCUGAGAAUCACAAAAGAUAGGCUUCAGCAUUCACAGAAAGAGAUUGCAAGUUUGAGACAAGAACUUGAGAGUAAUAAAGCCUCAAGAUUGAAUCAUGAACAGGAGAGUAAUAAAGCCUCUGAGAAAAUUCAUCUGUUGCAGGGUCAGCUUGAAUCUGCUAAGAAGGACAUUGCUACGUGGAAAACAAAGCUUAACUCAGAGAAAAGAGAGGUUUCGAAGCUGCAGGAACGAAUCGCAAGGUUAAAAACUAGUUUAUCAGACAGGGAUCAUGAGGUCAUGGAUUUGAAAAUAGCGGUAUCUGAUGCUGAGGAGAAGAUAUUCCCAGAGAAGGCACAGGUAAAGGCCGAAAUAUCUAGACUGUAUUCGGAACGGACGCAACUGGAGGAGCAGAUUAGAGACUGGGAGUCUCGAGGACGCUCUUUGGAGGAUGAAAUCAGAAUGAUUAAGGCUGGGAAAGCAGAAAUGGAGGAGAGACUUACUAGCGAAAUUGAGCAGUUAAAGGCGGAAAUCCUUGAGAUAGGCAAUCACAUCGGCAACUUACAUAAGGCCCUUGAUGCUAUGAAAGCAGAAGGAGAUGAGCUUAGCACAAAAGUUGUAACACUUAAAGCAGAAGUUAGUUAUAGAGAUGAUAAGAUAAAUGAGAUGGACAUUCAGCUGCAGCAGUUGCACAAGGAGCAAGUGGAACUGGUUUCUGGGGCCGAAGGGGCGUGGAAAUUGGUGGAGGAGCUAACAGCAAGAACAAAGGAACUCGAAGAGGAGAUUCAGAGGCAAAGAGUCAUGAUUUUAGAAGGAGCGGAAGAAAAGAGAGAAGCUAUAAGGCAGUUGUGCUUCUCACUCGAACAUUAUAGGAACGGUUAUCACAGGCUUCGACAGGCUUGCAUGGGACACAAGAGAGUUCCGGUGUUGGCAUCUUAAGCGAAACAUAUGUGAUCUUGAUUUGGAUUGUAUGUAAUUUUUUGGGUGGUUUUUUCUUUUUCUUUUGUGUACUACUGGCCAUGCACUCAUGGUUGUAGUGAUGCGAGGUUUGUGUAGUAGAGAUAUAGAUGCAUGAGGGUCGUAUCUAUGGGCCAUUUGGGUCACCAGGUCCCCCCUUAAGAGUGGUUGACGGCGCGUAAAUUUGUGUACUAAUUUUGUUGAGUUAUUUGGGUUUGGCUUAGUGACACAA